AUGACCACCAGGAACAUCUGGUCGUACGCAUUAAUCGCCCUCGCGACCUUCGUAAUCAUCGUACUCGUCAUCCAGCACUUCUGCUCUCCAUACCACCUACUCAGCAAAACCAAAGACAAAAUGAAGUGGUUCUUCCUCGAGAAAGCGAAAUCGAAACUCGAAAAGUUCACAAACGAUGCCGGAACACAAGACCAACAAGCACAACAACAACACCAGCAACCCAUCGCUACACAUGAUGGCACAUCAGAUGCCCAGCAACAACAAGAAGCUUCAUACCACCCACUCCCACAACCAACACCCCAAGACAUCUUCCGCUAUCGCUACCACCACGGCACAAACCUGGGCUCCAUCUUCAUCCAAGAACGCUGGCUCACACCCUCCAUGUUCCCCGGCAACGAAAACUGCCCCGGCUCCUCCGAGCUCGCAGCCGCAGAAGCCAACAUCAAAGCCUUUGGUCUCGAAGGCGCCAAACAGAAAUUCUCAUCUCACUGGCGAGACUUCACUUCCGAUGCAGAUCUCGAUUACCUCCGCGAUGUAGCGAAGUGUACCACCGUCCGGCUACCGAUUGGGUACUUCACGUUGGGACCUGCCUUUUGCAAAGGGACGCCGUUUGAGCAUGUGGCGGAGUUGUAUGAGGGGUCUUGGGAUGCUGUGAAGGAUUUGGUGAAGAGGUUGUAUCAGAGGGGGAUUGGGGUUCUGAUCGAUUUGCAUGGUUUGCCCGGUGGGGCUAAUGCGCAGGAGCAUUCGGGGACGAAUAGUGGGAAAGCGGAGUUUUGGGGGAAGAAAGGGAAGAAGAAUAGAGAGGUGGGGACAAGAGUAGUUUGCUUUGUUGCCAAAGAGGCGAAGGGAAUGGAGGGAGUAGCUGGAGUGCAAAUUGUGAAUGAGAGUGAGUGGGACGCAGAGGGAAUGUAUGAGUGGUAUGAAGAGGUCUUGAGAGAGGUGGGCAAAAUGGAUGUGGAGGUUCCAAUCUAUGUCUCGGAUGGGUGGGAUCUGGCGAGGGCUUUGAGUUGGAGCCAGAAGAAGAAUGUAACGCUGAAAGGAUUCCGGACCAACCCAGUGGUGGUGGACACGCACCUGUAUUGGUGUUUCGAUGCCAAGGAUGUGCAAAAGUCGCCUUACGACAUUAUCGGAGAGGCCUGGGAGAAGCUUAGAGAGCUCGACGGGCGAGAGGGCUCCGUGCACGAUCGUGGCGCUGCACAACUCGUCGUCGGCGAGUAUAGUUGUGUGCUCGCCGAAGAGGCCUGGCAGAAAGGGAAUGGGGCCACGAAGGAGGAACUCGUGACCAAAUUCGGCAAUGCCCAGUCACAGCGAUUCCAGCAUCGUGCUGGCGGGAGUUUCUUCUGGACUUACAAGAUGGACUGGAUGCCCGGCGGCGAAUGGGGUUUCAAACAGAUGACGGACCAAGGAGCCAUCCUGCCUCCUCCUUCUCUGACGCUUGCGCAAGAGGACGCCCUGACUCGCGCGGCGAACGCGCAAGCACAGUGCGAUGGUCGCAAAGGGAAUAUUUGGGGCACGCAUUGCCACUACUGGGACUCCACCCAUCCAGGCCAUUACGAGCAUUGGCGCUUCGAGAAGGGCUUCGAGCAAGGCUGGCAUGAUGCUCUGGCGUUCUUCAGCUACAAAGCGCAACAUUGCGGAUUGAAGGGCGGUGACAAGAUCGGAAUGCUAGAUCUCUGGGUCCUGAAGCGUUUGUGCGAUAGUGGACAAGCCGGACAGCAUUUCGCGUGGGAGUGGGAGGUAGGUUUCAGGCAAGGCGUCGGCGCGUUUUACGAAGCCGUUGGUGUUUGA